GUGUGUGUGUGUGUGUGUGUGUGUGGAAAGAGUCGCCCCAGUGACGUCACUGACUGUCCCCGGUCGGGCCGUGUUGUUCAGCUCAGCUCUCAGCGGCGGGGGUCCGGACACACUCACUCCAACACUCGUCUUCUUCCCACCGAAUCGUCGGACCCAUGUUUCAUUUGACAGCCAUGGAUUUCGACGCUUUGUUCAACGAGAAGACUUUUCAGUUCUCGGACUUCCAGGAGUUCACGUUUAUUCCUGGACACCAGAAGUUGACUGAGCGGGUGAAGAAGCGACUCUACUACGGCCUGGACACAGACGUUUCCUUCGAUGCUCUCUCUUGCCCUGUGACAGAUAUUGCCGUUGAAAUCUUCCAGAAAUCUGCCCCAAGCCCGAUCAGAAAGCUCCAGAAGAAGUAUGCUUCACAUGUCGUCAGGGAGGCGUGUAUCUCUCCGUGCGCCAUGAUGCUGGCGCUAGUUUACAUCGAGAGGCUCCGACACAGAAACCCUGAAUACCUACAAAAGAUCUCCUCCUCUGACCUCUUCCUGAUCUCUAUGAUGGUUGCCAGCAAGUACCUGUAUGAUGAAGGAGAGGAAGAGGAGGUUUUCAACGAUGAGUGGGGAGCGGCUGGGAAGCUGGACGUCCAAACUGUCAAUAACCUGGAGAUGAACUUCUUGAAUGCCAUUGAAUGGAGCCUUUUCACAGAGCCAAAUGACUUCUUUGAUAUAUUAAGUCAUCUGGAAACCAGCAUCGCGGAGCGGCAGGGGAUGAAGCGCGGCUGGUUCACCUACACUGACCUCUGUGUGCUGCUGGAACAGUCAGCAUGGAGUCAAGCACUCACAGCCAUCUACCUGCACUUUACUAAGGUGUCCUGUAUGCUCGGCUUGGUCUAUCUGACCAGCGUAACAGGCCUUAUCGUCACCAGCACUGUGCUGCAGCAGCUCACUCUCUCCAGAGCUGGUCAGUCCCCGCUCGCAUCCCCGGCUGAGAUCUCCCCGAGCUUCAUUCAGACCUCAAACCUCAAUCCAGAGGCUCCUGCGGUAGCCCAGCGCCCUCCCUGUUGUGUUCUGGCUAACAAGAGCCUGAACCGUCAAGCCAGUGUCCCUGAAAGCGGUCAGAACCGGAUACAAAACCCGCCACCAGCUUCCUCGCAGACAUCAGUCUUGUGUCUGUGGGGCUCCCUCCUCGCUUCCAUGGGUCACAUACAUCCUGAAACAAUGUCUGAUGUGGAAACCACUCGAACCUGGUCGGCUGCUUCCUUCUUCUGUCCUGGCUGUCUUGCGACCCUCCCGCCUCUUCACUGCGAACUUAAAAACACCUCAGCACUCAUCACUCGUGGCUCCUCUCACAGCCAUCAGCGUCAUGUACCGUUCCUGGCGUCUGACCUCCUCAGGGCCUCAGAACUGAACACUCGCCUGGGAGCGUUACCCACCGUGCAGCUGGGAUCCUGCCAUCCAGCGUCUAUGUUACCUAUCGAGAAAGCCCAAGCUCUUCUCAUGCCCGGCUAGAGACUGGGUAGCACCACUGCUGCCAACCUGUAGUAAUAGACUCUGGACAUUGUUCAUCAACUGCUUUAAAUCAUUUGUUGAUUAUUUUUCCAGAUCUAGAAUGCAGGUGUGAAGGAAAGUAAUCUUGCUCAUUACAGACAACACAGCACAGCGAGAAAAUUCACUUAUAGUUCAAUACUGCAGAAUAAACUUGCCAUAAGUACAAUGCCAUAGUUCGCAGUAAAUGCCCAGCAACUUAUUUUUAAUGCAGAGAAAGAAUUUGAGGAUGUUUCUUAUUGUUUUUUUUGGCUUCAACCAAACUGUUUUGCUCCCUUAAUUGUGGUUUGAAAGUUCAGAGUAGGUGAUGGUAGGGACUUUAGUUGGUGUAUUUUGAGUUGCAGAAAGUGUACGAAGGUUACACUGCAUAUCUGGAGGUUGAGUUUUUAUCGCGUGUUGAGAAAAAGGGAGUAAACCAGUUUAUUUUGCAUACUAAUAUUUGGUUUAUCCACAUUUGCAUUGUGUUCUGUUGUGUGCAUACAGAGGUUUACAUCAGACGUUCAUACACAACCUGCAAGCACUGACUUUGUUCACCGGGUUUUUUUAUACACAUGUUCUCGCUUGUGAAACAAAAGACACAGUUUGAACACAAACUGUCAUACCUCAGUGUCGUUGGCCACUUAUUGAUCAAUAACACAUAACCUUCUUAUUCUGCUCAUUUUUUUCCCAACACUCUUCUUUUCAUCGUAAUAUCACCAGAAUUUGUGUUGCAUAACUAUAAAUCUGCAAUUCUGUAACAGGGUAAUGUUCAGCCAACUUUUAGGAGAUCAAAUCUUAAAGAAGGUUCCUUUUUAAACACAAUUUCAAGUUGGUUUCUGGUUGCCGUUUUUGAAGUGAACAUUUGAAUACAAUGUUAAAGGACAACCAUCUUUUUUGUCGGCGCGGUCUGGAAUUUGCACAUCUGUCUCCAUUCUUAUCGCGACAGGUCACUUCACUCCAAGAUCACCGCACCGUCAAACACAAGAGAAGAAACAAAAUCCAACGACUUGGUUUGUUUUUCAGUUGCACUUGGUCCCCAGGACGUUUAACUUUGUAAUAGAACCUUUGACAAAGAGCAAACGCCUUUUAAUUUUGUAAAUGCUGUAAAAAAAAAAGACAGAAAAAGAACUAAUAAAAGAGCGCAUUACUUUGGGAC